AUGUUCUUAUUUCAUAUAGAACUAACAAAGUUAUCAACAACGGCAACGACAACGGCAGCAACAACAACGACAACCACUACAACAAUAGCAACGACGACGACAACAACCAGAACAACGACAACGACAGCAACAACAAUUACAACUACAACAACGACAACAACGACAACUACAACAACGACAACUACAACAACAGUAAACCCAUGUAUAUCUGGUAAUUUACUGUGGAAUAUGACUGGUAUUACUGUACUUGGUGGAUUUCCAUCAUAUAUAGCAGCAUCUGGUGUAUUUGUUGACUUAAAUGAUACAUUAUAUGCUGUGGAUGAGAACCGUAAUUUUGUUGUAUGGAAACUACCGAAAGAUGAUGUAAACGCAACAGUUGUAGCUGGAAUUUAUGGAUCACCAGGAUCGAAUAGUUCUCAAUUAAAUAAUCCUAAUGAUGUUUACGUUGAUAGAUAUGGAGAUAUGUAUGUAGUUGAUACUUUAAAUCAUCGAAUACAAAAAUUUAGUAGUGGGUCAAACAUUGGAGAAAUCAUUGUUGGUAUAAAUAGAUCAGCCGGAUCUGCAUUAAAUCAAUUAAAUACUCCACGAUAUUUUACUUUCGAUUCAACAGAAACAUAUAUGUAUAUCGCUGAUCAUGAUAAUAAUCGAAUUUUACGUUUUUCAACAAAUUCAACGUCAGGUACUGAUGGAACUGUUGUAGCUGGUGGAAAUGGACAUAGCGAUGCAACUACAUCAUUAAACGCUCCAUGGGGCAUUCAUUUAUCAUCUGUAAGUAAUGAUCUGUUUAUAGUAAAUAAUCGUGGACACACAGUUAUGCGUUGGACUCCUGGUGCUACAGCAGGUGAUUUCGUUAUUGGCACGCCCGGAGUAUCAGGUUCUAAUUCAACUCUCUUAUAUAAUCCCACGGGAAUUAAACUUGAUAGUUAUAUGAAUAUUUAUGUUGUUGAUAGUGGUAACAGUAGAAUUCAAUUGUACUGUGCCAAUAGUAAUGUUGGUGUUACAACUACUGGCAAUGGUACUUCGGGUAAUGGUGCAACACAAUUAAGUGGUCCACGAGGUAUUGCAUUUGAUUCAGCAAUGAAUAUGUAUAUUGGUGAUACAGGAAAUGGACGAAUACAAAAAUUUAUGAAACUCUAA